AUGGAUAUUGUUGACUUUACGGUGGGUUGGUAUAUUGAGCCGGAACAACCGGAUCUAGUUUUUGAUAUAUGUCAUCGCGCAUUGAUUGCGUUUGUGCCAUUUUGGCGUGAAUCAGUGCCAUCGGCCCUGACGUUGAUGAAGCAUUUCUUGGAGGACGCUUCUGCUUAUGUUGAGGUAUUCUAUUUUUGCUUUUUUCACUUAAUUCCUUUCUUACGCAUUUCUCCAUCAGUUGAUAUUGGGAUUAGUUGGAACAGCUGCAUCAAGUGUGUGGGAGCAUCUCAGUAA